UUUUUUUUUUUUUUUUUUUUUUUUUUUUUCUUAAUCGUUUUCUCUCGCCAGUACGAUAACCUCAACAACAUUCCCUAGAUACAGGAUGCUGUUUCUACAGUCCCGAUUCCCAUUGCCCUCUACCUGCUUUAUGCAACUGCCAUACAUAUAAGGCGCCAUCGGGGGACAACACGCAAAUUGAGCGACCGAGCGAACCCCUCCCCUCCAUUCCUUAACCAUCGACAGCUCAGCUGCGACUUCCACCCCGCCGACAUUCAAACUCGGAUUGACAUACGGGUCCGUACAAUACGAACAGUCCCGCAAAAAAAAAGGACGUCUGUCUCUCCAAAUUAUACCCCGAUGGCGAUAUAAACAGUCCGCUGCUUCUUUGCAGAUAAACAUAAUCUUCUUUGUUCUUGUAGCUCGAGGGCAAUAGCAAGCAGGUCUAUUUCUUUCCCAUACUUAUAGAAAUUGCUUCAAUUUUUUUUUCUCCGGCUGCUAUCUAAUCGAGCCAUGGCCAAGAAGAAGAAAAAUGUCAACGGCAAUGGGGACUCGUCCGUAGGCUCCGAAUCCUCGGCGCAAGCUACCCCUCAGAGUCUCCAAAAAGAGAAGCUCCCGACAACGUCAAGAUCCAAAAAGACGGUGGCAGGAGGCAGCAGCAGCGAGAGCGUGCCGCUCAUAAUAUGCCGGAACAAGCACUGGCGAUAUAUAUCCUCCUUCCACGGCCCUUGGCUGCACCUCCCCCUCGAAGCGCUCGAAUCCCUCGCACACUCAAAUUACAAUUCCCCGCGGCCUCGACCCAUAGACCCUGGCGUCUUCUUCGACCUCGUAAAGAUCCGCCGCCUCGUUGGUGAGGCAACGCCGCUUACUGUCAAUGCCGCCAAUGGGUUCGGUCCGGGCAGCAAGGUGCGCUUGUCGCACGAGAGGAAGCACAGGAUGCGCGACCAGGCCACGCGCCGCCUGUCCCAGGCCUACCGCAUAGAUGAGAUCGCCACUAGCGUUGCCAUAAUGCAAGGGACUACGAGUCUAGAGAACGUGGCGGAGCUGGUGCUGGACAAAAAGCCCGACGACGUCGACGCCAGCUACGUCCACUUCUUCCACGAAAAGAUCCCUUCCCGUCACGUCGUCGAGUCGACCCCCUUCGAGCCGCUCAACAACAUCGUUGGCGCAAGGCCAAUGGAGCCAGAGUACCUUCGCACGCGCGCAAUAUUGCGCGUCUUUGGUGAGGACUUCGACGACGCCGUGGCGGACCUCACUUCGGCGAUCCAGCUGCUCCGAUAUCAUAGACCGACGCAUAACAGCCGCGACGAGGUCGUGCCCGCACCGACGCCCGGGAGGAGGAUGCCCGAGGUUAAGCUGGGCGAGGACGAGCAGCCGACUAGCCUCGAGAUGCAGCUCAUGUUCCAGCGCGGCGCGGCCUACCUCUCGAGGGCGUGUCAGUGCGUCUAUGCGGCUUUGCCCCCUUCCGACAAGCAGGAUAGCAAGGCGCGGAUAUCAGAGUGGCGCGCCGACGCACGCGGCCCUCAUGCGGCUGCGACCAACGGGGACCCAACGGCGCCGAGCCCCAGCACGGAGGAGGAAGCUGAGGCGCAGCAGAUAGCGGCGCGCAAGCUCCUCAAAACCAUCGCCAAGCGCGCGCUGCGGGACUACAUGGCAUUCUUGGACCACAUAGAAUACUCCCCCGACUUCCCGCUCGAGGAUAGCGAGGACUAUUCGCGCAGGAACGCCGGCAGCAGUAGCAGCUCCCGCCCGUCACAUCCCAACGGCCGCUCAUCGGCAACCUCACAACCACAACACAGGACGUACCGCCUGUCGCAAUUAUUUGAACCCACUCCGCCGUCCGAUCUCCCACCAUACCCACCCUCACAACCAUUCCAGAAGAACAGCAACGAAACAACACAAAAAUCAUCUACAUCCUCACCGAAGCAAACCACGACAAUCACAACAACCGAAAACGUAGCCAACACCAUAACACUUCCAUCACUAUCCCGAACAGAGUAUAUAACCUACCAUCCUCUCCUUUCCGACGCUCUCCACGCCCUCCUUCUCUGCCACAGCCUCUUGCAGACCAGCACCAAGGAGCUCCUCCGCCAUGCCCAUAUGGUCGGUCGUCUCGCUCGCCUCGCCGACGGCUACCCAAUUUUCCAAGCUAGCCGUUCCCCCGCCCGCGCCGAUUGGAUCGAGGUACUGCGCCGCGUCAACGGGCCAGAAUGGCUCGGCCUGCACACCUCGUGGGAGUCCCUCUGCCGCCCCGCGCCCCUAUCCAGCAACCCCGUCAACAGCCCCGCCGCUGUCCCAAGACCGCAGCUAGAUGCCACCUCGUCGACCCUCGCCACGCUCACCGCACCCAGCAACUCUGUCGCAACAGUCGCUGCCUCCGCCGCCGCAGCCGCAGCAGCCGACGCCUACGACGAGGACAGUAGAGAGUAUCCCAUUUGGACCGAGCGCGCCGCCGCAGUCGUCAGGUGGGUCAAAGAGGCCCCUGGCCUACCACCGCUACCGGCAGCCGGCGGUGCCAAGAAGAAGAAAAAGGUCUCUGGAAGAGCAAGGAUCGCUGCCCCUCCGGGAUCGUCAGCAUCGCAGCCGCCAGCGGCCGAAGGAUCCUUGUCAGUGGUAGAGACGAAGCAGCUAGAGCUGAGGCCUGGUCCUCCGCCAUAAAAGGACAAAAAUGUGCGACAUGGAGGGCUUCCUUCUUGAAUUUGGUAUUUAGGACGAUCAUUACUACCCAUAGUUUGGAUGAAAGCCCGAACAUGUGGUCUGAUAUAUGUAAACCCCUUCCCAAGCGGGAAUUCUGGGCGAAUCUGUAUGAAAAAAGGAAAAAUCCCAUGAUGACUAGCGAUCUAAAAAGAAUUAUGAAUACAAAAAGCGUGAAAUGAUAAACAUUACCUAGG